UGGGUGAGAUUUUCUAGUAAAAUGCUUAAAUUUAGAAGUAGAGACAGUGCUUUAGAUUGCUACAAGUAACAAAAUAAUGUUAAACACAAACCACAACCUAUUAUUUAAAGCUAUAAUACUGGCAUUAUGUGUGAUAUCCUUUGUGCACGUAUUUUUAUUUCCGCUGUACGACAUGAACGUCGGAAGGGGCAGUGUGAGAACGUACAUGGAUUUUGAGCAGUCCCUCUGCACCAACAACAUCAAGAAGAGGAGAAUCUGGAGACUCAGCCGGUGCCCGCAGUAUGGCAUCGUUACCAUCAUGCAGGGUGGCCGCUUGGGCAAUCAGAUGUGGGAGUACGCGUCCGUAUGGGCUCUAGCCAGGAGGACAGGCCUGGAGCCCUACGUCCCCAGGUGUAUCAAAAUAAAGCUAGACCAGGUGUUUGAGCAACUGUCGGUGCCAACGUUUGGAGAGAUCGGACAUUGCCCAGUAGAAAUAAACCAUUUCGUAAAGUCUCUAGAGGCCUGGAACUUUACCAAUCAAAGUAUUAUUUUACCGAGAUACUCCAUUCAACCUGAACUAGUGUUAACUUGGGUCCAAGACAUCAUUCAAGAGUUUACUAUAAAAAAGAAGCUGCUGCUAAAGAGCCAACAAAUCCUACAUUUAGCUGUGAAGCCUUCCGCCGCAAGAAACCACACCUUUGUAGGCAUUCACGUACGGAGGACGGACUAUAUCGGGUAUUUGAUGAGGAAACACAACGCCAAACCGGCUGACGUUGACUUCUACAAGUCAGCCAUGGGUUUCUUUGAGAGGAAGUAUCGAAACGUCGUGUUUAUCGUGGUUAGCGAUGAUCCGCCGUGGUGCUGGAAGAAAUUCGGGUUCAAGAACAACGUGUACGUAGCCAGUCGGUACCACAAGAACUCUCCAGCUCUGGACCUGGCGAUCUUGGCAUCGUGCAACCAUUCGAUCUACGAUUACGGCACCUUUGGUGAGUGGGGGGCUAUUUUGGCUGGUGGGGAGACCAUUUACUACAAUCUUUCUCAUCACUCAUCCAGUAGGCUAGGGCAAAUUUUGAAAAACUGGCAUACUAUAUAAAACCAACACGGAAAACACUUCAAAAGGCUGAUUUUUUCUAAUAAAGAUUUAUUAGUUAUUUUUCUACUCUCUUGAAAGAUUCUUUAUUUUUUCACAGAUCUCAGAACUUGA